GGCUUAUUAAAUAUAUGAUAAAUAAUGGCGUCGUCCUCUGACGUCUCCGUUCGAAUGUGUAUGCAAGAAAUCAUCAAAUAUGAUUUAGAAGUUAAAGCUCUUAUUCAGGAUGUAGGAGAAUGUCGCGGUCCACACAGACUGCUCAUGGAGCUGAACGGUGCAGUGAAGAAAAAAUGUAAUCAUUUAAGGCAAAGAAUUCAGGAUAUGGAACAAAUGGCUAAAGAACAAGACAAAGAGACUGAUAAGAACAUUAUUCUAGCUGAAACAGAAUGUCAUCGCAAACAAAUGUUGAGUAACCAGAAAGCAUGGAGGAAAGCCAACUUGGCCUGCAAGCUGGCCAUUGAUAACCUGGAAAAAGAUGAGCUAUUACAUAGUGGGGAAAUGUCAGUAAGGCAAAGGAAAGCAACCAAAGAGAACCUAGUAGAGACAUCCAGUGACAUCACUGAGAGUUUGUUGAGCAUCAGCCGGAUGAUGGCCCAACAGGUCAAGCAAAGUGAGGAAUCCAUCAGCACUCUGGUUACGUCGUCAAGGUUGCUUCCCGAAACGAACCAAGAGUUUAAAGCAAUGACGGCUACAAUCCACUUAGGACGAAAACUCAUCCUGAAAUACAAUCGCCGUGAACUCACAGAUAAACUGCUUAUCUUUCUUGCACUUGCUCUGUUUUUUGCAACUGUACUCUACAUCCUGAAAAAGAGGCUCUUCCCGUUCAUUUAGAGCAAAAAUACUUCAGUUGUUGGUACUGUUCUGUUAUAUAAAUAUCUAGAUAUGUGUGUCUGCAUCUGAAUGUGACUCUUUCCCUUUAAAAUUGAAUCUGGAACCAAAAGGGUUUAAAAUGCUGUUGGUUCAGGUUUUACAAGCAUUAAUGAAUAAUAAGUUAGUGCUGAAUUUAGUAUUCACUUUAUGCAAAUAAAACAAUAUUAGUACUUGAAUUAUUGGGAUAUUGAUUACAGUUUAUAGCAUUUUAUGUUUAUUAUUUACAGGCAAGUUUAGUUGGAGUUUUCGUGAUGAUCGAUUUCUACUUUUAAACCACUGUACAUAAGUGCCUUCUUUUGCUAUAUUUGAAAGUGCUAAAAGUGUUUAGUUGAUAUCCCAAUGGUGUCUUUACAACCAUUUAAAAGCCAGAUUAUUACAGUUUACAGUCUAUUAAUGCUGUCUGUGUCUAAAUUUGAAAGGAAUUUGGAAGAAACAUGAGGUAGAGUAACACUGUAUUGUGCCUAUUUGUUUUCUUGUGUCUUUUGUUUUCUGGCAGUAUUUAUUAAAGUGGUGCUUUUAGUAUCUUAUAACGUUCAUCAGAGUCAGACCACUGGAUGGUGCUGUAGGGUUUUUCUAUUUAACCCAUUCAAUUACUUUUUUUCCUCUGAGCACGAGGAUAUAGUGGAACAUGGGUUCCCAAGAUUGGCUAUAGAAUACCCCUGGCUGUACAAUGUAUUGUAUUUUCCUACUCUCAUACACCCAAUUCAGCUCAAGAAAAAUUGCUAAUUAGGCAAAGAGUUGAAUUGAGUGUGUAGGACAUGGAGUACUCUAUGUCCAGUGUUUGGAACUUGUGUAGAUUUCUCAUGUUGCAAUCGACAGUGUCGUUCACCGCAACUAUGCUAGCACUCAGAUACUUUUGAGCAUGAUUCCCUCAGUAUCCUCAAUUGUGUCACUGUGUCAUUUGCUAUCUUUGUGUUCAGGAGUUGUUUGUUGCAGUUGACUCCAUUGUAAAGUUUUGUUUUGUUUUGUUUUGAACCUCAUUUUCCAUCUGUGAUUUAUUUAGUGAACAGGGACAAUUUUAAAUUGUUUAUGUAUUUUAACAUCAUUUUUUGGAUUCUCUAAUAAAAAUAUUUGAGAACA